AUGGAAGGCAGCAGCAAGCCUCAGUCCCUGGCGCUCCUGAUGCUUUUCAGUUUGCUGUUCUCUCAGUCGCUGGCCUGGCCUCUCUUUGGACCGCCUUCUGCAACGAGGUUGGAUGACAGGGUGCAGUUUGAAGGAGCAGGUGACCCUGAUCAAGUCUCUCUGAAAGCAGACUCUGACAUCUUGCAGAAUGCCUUGGCAGAAAAUGACACACCCUAUUAUGAUGUGUCCAGAAACACCAGGCAUGCUGAUGGGGUCUUUACCAGCGACUACAGCAGACUUCUGGGUCAGAUUUCUGCUAAAAAAUACCUUGAGUCACUCAUUGGCAAGCGGAUCAGCAGUGGCAUCUCAGAAGACCCUGUGCCAAUCAAACGGCACUCUGAUGCGGUCUUCACAGAUAACUACACUCGCCUCAGAAAGCAAAUGGCUGUGAAGAAAUACUUGAACUCCAUCCUGAAUGGAAAGAGGAGCAGUGAGGGAGAUUCUCCAGACUUCCUCGACGAGCUAGAGAAAUGAGGAGAAGAGUCCUCUGGGCAGAGCUGAAGAUCAGAGAAUUCCUGAAGGAAAACAACCAAGUGAUUACAUUAUGAGUUCUACAUAUCUAAUUCAAGAAAACAACUUCCAUAGCAAAACCAAAUAAAAUGUGUUGUGAAUAUUGUGGUUUCCUUUAUGUAAUAACUG